AUGACUGUCGUGGUUGCCGUUAAGUCAGCGUGCUCUUCAGCCUCCCCUCGUCAGACGGCGCACUGGCCAACCGUUGCUGCACAGGCGUGGUGCUUUCGGCCUCGCGGGCACGUCCGUGAGAUAGUCUGCUACGCUAGUAACCAAAGAACACGGGUUCUAACGUAAGGUCCCACAAACCUGGGGUUGGUAAGACUGGCUGACGGCGGAUAGUAAGCCAGAAUCUUCCGUUAUGUUGCCAACCUGGGAACCUUCCAGUGCUCUUAUCUCUCGUCUAUUUCUUCGUAUUUUUAUGCCCCACCUAGACCUGCAAGUGGCUGAAUUGUCGAGAAAGAGGUACUCGGGCCUCAUUGGCCUUACUGAAUCACCUUCAUGAGCAGCACUGUACCAAGGCCGGCCUGCCAGCAGCCGCGUCGACACCGCAAGUUGGCAGGACAGCGGGAACCUCUAUCAUCGCUCCUGAUCCUGCCAAUGGUUGGACCUCAGCUGUCGCCCCAGUGACCCUCGUACAAAUCCAACCCGCGCCUACCCCCGCUGUCGUGUCAAUUGCGGCGACGGUUACCACAACCUCUGCAAUGUCUGCGGCUCCUGUGUUUGUCGACGGAAAGCCUAUUCAGCCGCGCAAACCAGUCACCACCGCGCACCCACCCCUACUGCUCUCGAGUCCGGUCGCCACCGUUCCCGAGGAGAAUAAAGUCGUGACAACAGUGACUGCUUCUUCCCCGACCCCUAUUAGUCUUGAUGCGCAGUUGGUGACCACUGUUGUUCCGGCAACUACAUCCACGACACCGUGCACCGUAGGUGUGGGACUGACAUCGCCUUUGACUUCGAUUACAAGCACGACUACCGUCGUAUGUUCUGCAUCUGCACCGAAUAGUCAACCCGACCCUCUCAGGCCCUUAUCUCAGAGGACAUUCUUGGCCCCAGGCUCAUCGACACCGCCCUCCGUCACCCAUGCGAAAAUGCAGUCCGUGGCAUCCACUCCGGUUGUGUCAGCAGAACGUUUCCGUCAAUCAGUACGAGCUGACUUCCUUAGCACAGCCCGUGAAGGACCAGUCACAAAGCACAUACGCCUAACUGCCGCUCUCAUCUUACACAAUUUGACCACCUUUUGUGCGUCUACCAGGAAGUAAGCCCUUUGAAAUCUCUUUAAACCCGUGCCUCCCCUUUUGGACCGUAUUUUGUGGGAUACUGUCCUGACCUCGGUCUGGAUACCCGUCUAAGAGGAUGACUGCACCAAGGACCAGUGCCAUUAACUUUGACGAUUCCAGUGUCGAUGUGCAUAACCUUGUUUGAAUAUAUUGAAGGAGUUUAAUGUUAAGUUUUCGAAACCGGAUCUUCCAUGUUUGGAUUUUUAAGGACGUCGGAAAUCAAUGAAAAACAUGCCACUUAAGGAGCGAUUUUCAUUGAGUGCGCCUUUUGCAGGUGGUCGGAAAGACGCCCACUCAAAAGUCGGCAUCUCGGUGUGGCUGAAUUGUUCAGACAUUAUGUUGCAUGAUAAUCAUUAUUACAACUCCACCUAAGUAAUCAUUUCUAACCGAAAUAACAUUCUGACAAGUAAUGCCUGGUUUAUCUAACGGAUGUCAUUUAGUCUGCUUAUUCAUUCUAUGAGCCGUAUUUGGCAGCCAGGUGCGAGACAACAAAUUUCCGUAUUCUUAGGACUACAGUCGUUUGCUCAUCGUACUUAAUUCCAUUUUUAAAAGAAAUUCGUAUUCUUUAUAUAAUAGUUGUACAGAGAAAGUUAUAGGCACCCUUGUCUGGUCCGCUAGUCUUACAAAUACUAACUGUCGUAUAUGCUAACUUUCUGUGGUGAUAGCCCCCUAGUCCCUAGGACCGUUCCUACGUGUCUCAAAGUAAAAUUACUGAAUUCUACAUUGUCUCAUUUAUUGGGAAGGAUGGCGGGAGUGUCCUCGAAGUCAGCGGCACUUUACAUUUAUUACUGGGUAUGACUGCGCGAACCUUCCAGUCUAAAUGCUUUCUAGUACUCCAUAAUUCUUUGUGUUUUUGGACGCAUUCAGCUAGCCGUUUAAAUUCAUCAGGCUCUUAUCUCAUGGUUGAAGUUCGGUCAGUACAAAUAGCUUUUUUAAAUCAAUCUUUCGCCGCUUUUCACCCUUAAUUUUAAGUCUAGGAGUCGGCUGUUAUUUCUGAGCCGACCCCAGUUGUACCUAUAUAAAUGUGUGCACCAAGAAACUAAGCUUCGCGUUUUUUUCUGCACUCAGUCGCGCCGACUUAUAUGUCGCAGGAUGUUAAAUCGCAAUAGCUCAUCGACGUUUUUCUGAUUGUUUUUUUAGACGUUUGAUCCGGUACGAACCCAUUCUUUGUGAGUUGGCUUUUGCGGGAACUGAGGCAUCGUCUACUCUAGCCAAGUGUCUGUCUCAAUGCUAUGAGUCCUUAGAUCUCGAGACCACUGGUGACUAUGGUUACCAAGCUUCGAAUAGUGAUUCUGCUGUCCCAUCUGCUUUUGCCGGCGACGAACUACCCGAAACCGUCGAGCAGGCAAGGUAG